AUGACUAAAUUACUUGACAAAUUUGAAAAAUAUCCAUUAUUAUUUGGACCAUCUCCAAUCUCCAAGUUUGAUAACUUAGCUUCUAACUUAGGUAACAAGGUCAACAUAUAUGCUAAAAGAGAAGAUAGAAAUUCCGGUUUAGCAUUUGCUGGUAACAAACUAAGAAAGUUUGAAUAUAUUGUUCCUGAUAUUCUUGCAGGUGACUACACCCACAUUGUUUCUAUUGGUGGUAUCCAAUCCAACCAAACCUUAAUGACUGUUGCAACUGCUUCCAAGCUAGGUUUAAAGGCUGUCACUGUCCAGGAAAACUGGGUUCCAAUUCCAGAAGAAGAGAAGGACACCUAUGACAAGGUCGGUAACAUCGAAGCAGCAAGAAUUAUGGGUGGUGAUGUCCGUUUAGUCCCUGAUGGUUUUGACAUUGGUAUGAGAAAGUCUUUUGAAGAUGCAAUGAAUGAGCUUAAAGAGCAGGGAUACAAACCAUACCCGGUUCCAGCGGGCUGUUCUGAACACAAAUAUGGUGGUUUAGGUUUCGUUGGUUUUGCUGAUGAAGUCAUUGAGCAAGAAAAGGAAUUAGGCAUCAAAUUCGAUAAAAUCGUUGUUUGUUGUGUUACUGGUUCUACUGCAGCAGGUAUUUUUGUUGGUAUGGCACAAUAUGGUAGAGAAAAUGAUGUUAUUGCAAUUGAUGCUUCUGGUAAGCCUGAAAAGACCUUUGAACAAACUCUAAGAAUUAUCAACGACACUUCAAAAUUGAUUGGUUUGAACAAGAAAUUCGAUACCUUCAACUUUGAUACCCGUUUCGGUGGCCCAGUCUACGGUAUUCCAAACGAAGGUACUAUUGAAGCUAUCAAGCUUCUCGGUCAAACCGAAGGUACUUUGACUGACCCAGUUUAUGAAGGUAAGUCCAUGCAAGGUUUGAUUCAGUUAGUCAGAGAAGAUGCCUUUGAAAAAGGUUCCAAUAUUCUUUACGUCCACUUGGGUGGUGCAUCCGCAUUAUCUGCAUACAAAUCUUACUUUAAAUAA